GUUUUCUUUAUUCAUUGUGCCCUAUGAAGACAAUUAACUCUCCCUCCUUCCAAUCCUAAUGAAAAGAGGGCAAAAAAAAGGGAGAUGAGAGCAGCAAAUCCUUUUUCAUUCCUCUUGUAGCGCUCAAUAAGAGAAGAAUGUGUCGCCUAUCACUCACGGAGGGGAUCAAGUCUUCCGGACUGUCCCACGCGCUCAAUGUGCUGCUGCUGUCCAGAGCAACACUACAGAGAUAGACAUAGAGCGCGUCAAGAGAACAGCAGCAGCCGCUCGAGCCGCAGCAUCCAGCAGCCUAGCCUGGAAAGACACUUCAGCUGCGCUAGACAAGGACUGAUUUAGCAACCUGUCUCCUCUGUCUGACUGUCUCCUCACCAGAUUCAUUAUUAUAGGACAGGCUCCUCGUUGCUUUUCCCCCUCUAAAGUCCCUCUCUUUGGAAUGUGGUGUGACACAAUGAGGAUCCUCGCACUGCUUCUGGGGAUGAAAGCAGCGUGCAUCCUGCUGGUUUCCUCGCUCUCAGGCACGGGGGCAGUUAACAACAGCGGCCGGUGGUGGGGCAUUGUGAAUGUGGCCUCCUCUGCAAACCUCUUCACCAACUCCAAGAACGUCCAGUUGGUACUGGAACCCAGCUUGGCCCAGCUGAGCCGUCGCCAGCGCCGCCUCAUCCGCCAGAAUCCAGGGAUCCUCCACGCCAUCGCAGCCGGCCUGCAAACCGCCAUAAAGGAGUGCAAGUGGCAGUUCAGGAACCGCCGCUGGAACUGCCCGACCACCCACAGCCCGGCAAUAUUUGGCAAAAUCGUUAACCGUGGUUGCCGAGAGACAGCGUUUGUGUUUGCGAUCACGAGUGCAGGGGUGACCCAUGCGGUGGCCCGCUCCUGCUCUGAGGGGGCCAUCGAGUCGUGCACCUGUGACUACCGUCGCCUGGGGCCUGGGGGUCCUGACUGGCACUGGGGCGGCUGCAGCGACAACGUGGACUUUGGCCGGAUGUUCAGUCGGGAGUUUGUGGACUCCAGCGAGAGAGGAAGGGAUUUCCGAUACCUCACUAACCUACACAACAACGAGGCAGGGAGAAUGACAGUGUCGUCAGAGAUGCGUCAAGAGUGUAAGUGCCAUGGCAUGUCAGGCUCAUGCACCAUGCGUACCUGCUGGAUGCGUCUACCCAGCUUCCGCGUUGUUGGGGACUUCCUGAAGGACCGCUUCGACGGAGCGUCCCGGGUCGUCUAUGCCAACAAGGGUUCCAACCGCGCCUCUCACCGUGCCGAUCCAAGCCAUCUCGAACCCGAGAACCCCUCCCACAAACCCCCGUCAUCCAGAGACCUGGUCUACUUUGAGAAGUCACCCAACUUCUGCACCUACCACGGCAAGACGGGUACCCAUGGAACCUCGGGGAGGACCUGUAACAGCUCGUCUCCCGCGCUGGACGGGUGUGAGCUGCUGUGUUGUGGUAGAGGGUUCCAAACUCAGACUGAGAAGGUCACUGAGAGGUGUCACUGUACGUUCCACUGGUGCUGCCAUGUUAGCUGCCUCAACUGCACCAGCACACAGAUGUUACACCAGUGCCUCUGAUCACGGGAGAACCAGGACAGGGGUGCAGAGAUGGAGAUGGAAAGGUUAUUUGGGCAGGUGGUGUGUAGAUAGAGGAAUGGCGUGGUAGAGAAGGGAAUGGCUAACUCUAUAGAGGGGUAAUUGGGGGGUUCAAAAGUGAAUACAGGGAGUACUAGAGCUUAAUCAAUGUUAGUUUUUUUAUGAAAGAGAGAAAAGCACAAUGAUUACAGGGUGUAGAAGGAGGGUUUGUUUGUUGUGUGUGUGUGUACGUGUACGUGUGUGCUUACGUGUGCUUACUCCUGAUGCUCUGUGGUAACAGAGUAUGUAAGUGUGCUUACUGGGUAUUUAAAUGCUGUAGCUAUGCAACCAUGUAGAAUGGAAUGGAAACCAAUCCUCACUAUGGCUUCCCAACACGAGUAACAAGACCAGAGGCAGAUUGGGUAAAAGGAAGUAGUUACAAAGGAAAUAGAAUUGUGGCAAGAGAGGGAGGAGAGGGGAGAGAAGGAGAGUAACGGUUACUGGACACAAUGUCAGACAGAUGUCUCUGUGGCAGGAGAACCACAAGCAUGGUCUCUCAUAAACCGGUGAAGAGCUGUAACAAGAGGGUGGUUAUUUUAAACAUCACUGUUUUGUUUUCUUUUGCUGCAGUUCUACUUUUCUCACAUAAAAUUGUGUGAAGUACAUCUCCCGGGAUGUGCAGUCCUCUCCCCCAAUUGCUAUGUACUUUGGUCCUGGACAUGGACCAAGCCGUUAUGAUUUCCUGUCUAACUCACCACACAUGCCCUCUUUGUUUCGAUUGCUCUGGAAUCUGCUACACCUCAACCCGGAGUUACCGCGGUGAUUUACUGCACCAUGGUUACUGACGUUAAAGGACUGGACGUUGUAGCCGCAUCCAAGGAUAACACAAACAUUUUCUAAAAUGUUAUAUCAACCUGGAAUUCACUAUGGGAAUCGUAUGUAUGAAUAGUUUGACUGUAGUAUCAAUACACUGAAUAUUGGGGAGUAUAACUAGAUGUAUGUAGGAGAUAGAUAGUGGUGCUGCAAGAGAACUGGGGUGACCUGCCAAAUAGUGAGAUCUGCAAUAUGGCAACCCUGUUCCUAAAAUGCAAUGACCAGAGAAAAAUUGUGAGACUUAACACAUUGCCCUGCUGUGGAAAAGUGUGUAAAGAUAAUCCAAUAUUUUCCCUUCCAAGUUUACAGUGGACAGACAGAGGGUUUUCCCAUUCAAUAUGAGCUGCAUCUAGCUGUGAACUAUACGUUGAGGGAAAAACCUUGAAUAUACAGCCACUACAAAGGGGAAUGUAUUGAAUAUCAGCUAAGAGAACCAAAAUGUUGUAAAUAAUAUAUAUAGAAAUAUAUAUUUAUGCUGAAGUUACUUGCAAUUUUAGGGAGGAAUGAUUUAUGCACCUGUCAUACAUAAGCCAAUGGAUGGAAGGAGAGACAAAAUGCUAUCAUUAGUCAUAAAUGACUAAAUUGUAAAAUGUAAAUAAGUCAGGUCAUGUUUUUAUUAAACUGUUAUUCUGUUUAUUUCCAAUAAUGUCGUUUUCACAUUUUUGUUGAGGGCGGGAAACAGAAUUUGUUAGAAACCUGGCGGAACAUUCUUCUUUCCUCCCUGCUCAUUUUCUCCUAACACUUGUGUUUGUCAUGUUCGUCAUGCACUGAAUAUUACCAUUUAUGUAAAUACAACAAUAUUUAUUACUGUGAAUGUUUGAUACGGUUAUAGAGAGAGAAGUAAAAGAGUAAA